AUGUCCAGCUUUGAUAUGAAGGAGUUCGGGGAAGCUGCGCCCUUUUUGCGCAAAUCGGAUUUGGAGCAACUGACGGCGCAAACUAUCGCUUUUGACGGUAAGAAACGAGCGUGGAUCCCCGACGAAAGGGAGGGGUACAUUGAGAUCGAGAUCAAGGAGCUGAGCGGGGACAAAGUCAUCGUGCAGACCAAAGGUGGAAAGACUUUGACCGUGAAGGAGUGCGACAUCCAACAGAUGAACCCCCCCAAGUACGACAUGAUCGAAGACAUGGCCAUGCUCACGCACCUCAACGAAGCCUCGGUCCUCUACAACAUGCGCAGACGCUACUCGGCCUGGAUGAUCUAUACCUACUCGGGCCUCUUCUGCGUCACGGUGAACCCGUACAAGUGGUUGCCUGUCUACACGGCCCCAGUGGUCGCCGCCUACAAAGGCAAACGACGCUCCGAGGCGCCGCCGCACAUCUACUCAGUCGCGGACAACGCCUACAAUGCGAUGUUGCGCAAUCGGGAGAACCAGUCCAUGCUUAUCACCGGAGAAUCCGGUGCUGGCAAAACUGUCAACACGAAACGUGUCAUUCAGUAUUUUGCCAUUGUGGCAGCUCUUGGGGAAACCUCUGCUAAGAAGGCAGGGACUCUGGAGGAUCAGAUCAUCGAGGCCAACCCUGCCAUGGAGGCCUUUGGAAAUGCCAAAACAUUGAGGAAUGACAAUUCAUCCCGUUUUGGAAAGUUCAUCAGGAUCCACUUUGGGCCCACUGGCAAACUGGCUUCUGCUGACAUUGAUAUAUAUCUUCUGGAAAAAUCCAGAGUUAUUUUCCAGCAGCCGGGCGAAAGAAGCUACCACAUCUAUUACCAGAUCAUGUCGCAGAAAAAACCAGAACUUUUAGACAUGUUGCUGGUGUCCUCCAACCCGUACGACUAUCAUUUCUGCUCCCAGGGGGUGACCACUGUUGAGAACGUGGAUGACGGAUCGGAGCUGAUGGCCACUGACCACGCCAUGGACAUCCUCGGCUUUUUGCCCGACGAGAAGUACGGCUGCUAUAAAAUAGUCGGCGCUAUCAUGCAUUUCGGCAACAUGAAGUUCAAGCAAAAGCAGCGCGAGGAACAGGCAGAGGCUGAUGGCACCGAAAGUGCUGACAAGGCCUCGUACCUCAUGGGCGUCAGUUCAGCUGACCUCAUUAAAGGCCUCCUCCACCCAAGGGUGAAAGUGGGUAACGAGUACGUCGUAAAGGGGCAGAAUGUUGAACAGGUCAACUAUGCUGUAGGGGCUCUGGCCAAAGCUACAUACGACCGCAUGUUCAAAUGGAUGGUGGGACGGAUUAACCGGACCCUGUACACUACACUACCCCGACAGUUCUUCAUAGGAGUGCUGGAUAUUGCUGGCUUUGAGAUAUUUGAGCUCAACAGUUUCGAGCAGCUGUGCAUCAACUUUACCAAUGAGAAACUGCAACAGUUUUUCAACCACCACAUGUUCAUACUGGAGCAGGAGGAGUACAAGAGGGAGGGCAUAGAAUGGACCUUCAUUGACUUUGGGCUGGACCUUCAAGCGUGCAUUGAUCUCAUUGAGAAGGUAGGAAAGCCACUUGGCAUCAUGUCCAUCCUUGAAGAGGAGUGCAUGUUCCCAAAAGCCACAGACAGCAGCUUUAAAGCCAAGCUGUUUGAUAAUCACCAUGGGAAGUCCCCAAAUUUCCAAAAGCCACGUCCAGACAAGAAGCGCAAGUACGAAGCCCACUUCGAGCUUGUGCACUACGCUGGAGUGGUGCCAUACAAUAUAUUUGGUUGGUUGGACAAAAACAAAGACCCACUGAAUGAGACAGUGGUGAGUUGUUUCCAGAAGUCCUCAAACAAGAUGCUGGCUUGUCUGUAUGAGAACUAUGUUGGGUCGGAUUCAGACCACAGAACCGGGAUCAAAGAGAAACGAAAGAAGGCGGCCUCAUUCCAGACAGUGUCUCAGUUGCACAAGGAAAAUCUGAACAAGCUGAUGACAAACCUUCGCAGCACGCAGCCUCACUUUGUGCGCUGUAUCAUUCCCAAUGAGACGAAGACUCCUGGGAUCAUAGACCCAUUUCUGGUGCUGCACCAGCUUCGCUGCAACGGGGUGCUGGAGGGCAUUAGGAUCUGCAGAAAGGGCUUUCCUAAUCGCAUCCUCUAUGCAGAGUUCAAGCAGCGCUACCGCAUCCUGAACCCACAAGCCAUCCCAGAUGACAAGUUUGUGGAUAGCAGGAAAGGUGCAGAGAAGCUGCUGGGUUCCCUGGAUAUCGACCAUAACCAAUAUCGUUUCGGACACACAAAGGUAUUCUUCAAGGCAGGCCUGCUAGGUCAACUGGAGGAAAUGAGGGAUGAGCGUUUGGCCAAAAUUUUGACACAUCUCCAGGCAGUUGCUCGAGGCAAAAUUAUGAGGAUGGAAUUUAAGAUUAUGAAUCAAAGGAGGGAGGCCCUGAUGAUUAUUCAAUGGAACAUACGUGCUUUCAACGCAGUGAAGCACUGGCCUUGGAUGAAGCUCUUCUUCAAGAUCAAGCCCCUUCUGAAGAGCGCGGCCACUGAGAAAGAGCUGGCCACACUCAAGGAGGAGAUGGUCCAACUCAAGGAGGCCUUGAACAAAUCCGACGUCAAGCGUAAAGAGUUGGAGGAGCGACAGGUCAGCCUGACCCAAGAGAAGAAUGACCUCUCCCUGCAGCUGCAGGCAGAGCAAGACAAUCUUGCAGAUGCCGAGGAACGCUGUGACCUUCUGAUCAAAACGAAGAUCCAGCUGGAAGCCAAAGUGAAAGAACUUGUGGAGAGGCUGGAGGAUGAGGAGGAGAUGAACGCUGAUCUGCUGGCCAAGAAGCGCAAACUAGAGGAUGAGUGUGCCGAGCUGAAGAAAGACAUAGAUGACCUGGAGCUGACCUUGGCUAAAGUGGAGAAAGAGAAACACGCACUUGAGAACAAGGUGAAGAACCUCGUUGAGGAAAUGUCAGUUUUGGAUGAAACCAUAAUAAAGCUGACCAAGGAGAAGAAGGCCCUCCAAGAGGCCCACCAGCAGACUUUGGAUGACCUCCAGGUUGAAGAAGACAAGGUCAACAGUCUGACAAAAGCCAAAAUCAAGUUGGAGCAACAAGUAGAUGAUCUGGAGGGCUCCCUGGAACAAGAGAAGAAGCUGCGUCUGGAUCUGGAAAGGAACAAACGUAAGCUGGAAGGAGAUCUAAAACUUUCUUUGGAAUCAGUUAUGGAUCUUGAGAACGACAAACAGCAGAUGGAGGAGCGACUAAAAAAAAAAGACUUUGAAAUGAAUGAGAUGAGCUCCAAAAUAGAAGAUGAGCAGUUAUUGGUCACCCAGCUCCAGAAGAAGAUCAAAGAGUUACUAGCUCGCAUAGAGGAACUGGAGGAGGAGCUGGAGGCUGAUCGAGCUUGUAGGGCCAAAGUGGAGAAGCAGCGUGGAGAUGUGGCCCGUGAGUUAGAAGACCUGAGCGAGCGCCUGGAGGAGGCUGGGGGAGCCACAUCGGUCCAGAUUGAGAUUAACAAAAAGAGAGAAGCUGAUUUUCUGAAGCUUCGGCGGGACCUCGAGGAAGCCAUGGUGCACCACGAGGCCACGACGACCGCCUUAAGGAAGAAGCAAGCGGACACCGUCGCCGAGCUCAGCGAGCAGAUCGAUAGCCUGCAGCGAGUCAAGCAGAAACUGGAGAAAGAAAGGAGCGAAGCCAAGAUGGAGGCAGACGACCUGGCCUCCACUGUGGAGCAACUCUCCAAGGGCAAGGCAACUGCAGAAAAGACGUGCCGUCUGUGCGAAGAUCAACUGAAUGAGGCGAAAGCCAAAGUGGAGGAGCUUCAGAGGCAGCUCAAUGAAAGCACCGCCCACAAGGCCCGUGCUCAGGCUGAGAGUGCCGAGGUGGGCAGAAAGCUGGAAGAGCGUGAAUCCAUGGUCUCCCAGCUCCAGCGUGCCAAGACCUCCUUCAGUCAAAAUGUUGAAGAUCUCAAGAAGCAGCUGGAGGAGGAGGCAAAGGCUAAGAAUGCCUUGGCGCACGCCCUUCAGUCAUCUCGCCAUGACUGCGACCUCCUAAGAGAGCAGUAUGACGAGGACCAGGAGGCCAAGGCUGAGAUGCAGAGAGCGUUGUCAAAGGCCAACGCUGAGGUGGCACAGUGGAGGACAAAGUACGAAACUGAUGCCAUCCAGAGGACUGAAGAACUGGAGGAAGCCAAAAAGAAGCUGGUGACACGUCUGCAGGAGGCUGAGGAGACGAUGGAGGCCUCAAAUGCAAAGUGCUCGUCUCUGGAGAAAACCAAGCAUCGACUCCAGACAGAGAUUGAAGAUCUGAUCAUUGACUUGGAGCGUUCCAAUUCUGCUGCUGCAGCUCUGGACAAGAAGCAACGUAAUUUUGACAAGGUGCUAGCUGAGUGGAAACAGAAGUAUGAAGAGUGCCAGACAGAGCUGGAAAGUUCUCAGAAAGAGUCCCGUAACCUGAGCACGGAGCUCUUCAAACUGAAAAAUUCCUAUGAGGAAACCUUGGACCAUCUCGAAACCAUCAAGCGAGAGAACAAGAACUUGCAGGAGGAGAUUGCUGACCUGUCUGAUCAAAUCAGCCAGGGAGCAAAGACCAUCCAAGAGCUCGAGAAGAUCAAGAAGGGUCUGGACUUGGAGAAAAAUGAGAUUCAAGCAGCACUCGAAGAAGCAGAGAGUGCGCUUGAGCAUGAAGAAACCAAAACCUUGAGGAUCCAACUCGAGCUUAACCAGAUGAAAGCAGACAUUGACAGGAAGUUGGCAGAAAAGGAUGAAGAAAUCGACAACCUCCGGCGGAACCACCAGAGAGCACUCGAGUCCAUGCAAGCCACGUUGGACGCUGAAGCCAGGUCUCGCAGCGAGGCAGUGCGCCUGAAGAAAAAGAUGGAGGGAGACCUGAAUGAGAUGGAGGUGCAACUGAACCAUGCCAACAGGCAGGCGGCUGAGUCCCAGAAACUCUUGAGAAGCCUGCAGAUUCAGCUCAAGGACCUCCAACUGGAGCUGGACGACACCGUCCACACCAACGAAGAGCUGAAGGAGCAAGUGGCCAUGACGGAGCGGCGCAACAACUUGCUCAGCGCCGAGGUGGAGGAGCUCAGGGUUCUACUGGAGCAGAAUGACCGGGCUCGCAAGCUGGCCGAGAAUGAGCUGAUUGAAGCCAAUGAGAGAGUCAGCCUGCUGCAUUCGCAGAACACAGGUCUGAUCAACCAAAAGAAGAAGCUGGAGAGCGAUCUCUCGAUGCUGUCGAACGAGUUGGACGAUGCUGUGCAGGAGUGCCGCAAUGCAGAAGAGAAGGCCAAGAAGGCUAUCACCGACGCGGCAAUGAUGGCGGAGGAGUUAAAGAAGGAGCAAGAUACCAGCGCCCAUCUGGAGAGGAUGAAGAAGAACAUGGACCAGACCAUCAAAGACUUGCAGAUGCGUCUGGACGAGGCUGAACAGAUCGCACUCAAGGGCGGCAAGAAGCAGGUCCAGAAGCUGGAGGCCAGGGUGAAAGAACUUGAGAAUGAGCUGGAUUCGGAGCAAAAGAGGAACCAGGAGCAACAGAAGACAGCACGCAAAUAUGAAAGAAGAGUCAAAGAGCUGUGCUACCAGGCUGAGGAGGACAAGAAGAGUCUGGUCCGCUUGCAGGAUCUGAUUGACAAACUGCAGAUCAAAGUGAAGAGUUACAAGAGACUGGCUGAGGAAGCGGAAGAGCAGGCCAACACCAACUUGUCCAAGUACAGGAAGCUGCAGCACGAGCUGGAUGAUGCAGAAGAGAGGGCUGACAUGGCCGAAACGCAAGUCAACAAGCUACGCGUGCGCACACGCGACCAAGGUGGCAAGCUUCCCGAGUAACGAUGAGGCUGCACGCAGGGAUCACGGACAAGCAACUGCAACAGCAUUAAACCGUGUGCUAGCACCUAAAUAAAGACUUUAGAAAAACUUGUCAGUGUGACUAUAUAUAUGGAUUGAAAAAGUCCACAGUAACUGCCUAAAACAGUAUUUAUUCUUGUCUGAUAGAACUAAGUUAGAAAAUUGCUCAAAACCAAAAUGAUUCUGUGACAGAAUAAAGAUGAUUAUUAUUGGGAUUAAAGAGAUCAACAAAAUAUUCGAUUUGUAUACUAUUAAUCAUUAUUUCACUGAUGUUGAGAAACAAUCGUGUGACUAAAACCCACACUAGCCAAAUACCUGUGUUGUCUCAAUGGAGGAAAUUUAAGUCUGCCUGUAAUUUUG